AUGAAUGCCAUGUCCAUCAUUCGCGAAAUCGAGGAGAUUGAGCUGAGCAAGCACGCACCUCUCUGGGUGAAGAACCUCAAGAAGGGCGUGCUGUCGCUCUUCCAACUAGACCUCGUCAAGGGACGUCACGAGCACCACCGCGAAAAGGAGUACCACGUCAAAGAGGAUGGCCUUCACGGCGUGUGUGACACCCUGUACGUGGUGCACGAAGAAGAACACGAUUACAUAGAGGUGACCAAGAUAAAGAACCUGGAGAAGUGCGACCGGCCCAGUUAUGCCAUCUUGGGCCGGGAUGUGGCCAAGAAGUGCGUAAAGUGCGAGGCGGAGGAAACGCACCCGUCCUCUUCAACAUCGGAAGUUUAUUACGAGCUGAAGGGAACAGCACAGCACUACGUCAUCACGCACGCCUGGGCCGAGUCCGGAUACCUGUUCAAGCCUCACGGCGAGGGAAAGAAGAUCCACGUGAAAGUAAAUCGCACCCUGGACCUCCUGGAAGAGCACGAAGCCACCACGGACACCUCGGUCGGCGAUGACCACGAGAAGGAGCACUCUCUGGCUCAGGACUUCGGCACCACCCCGGACCUGACGAACCCCGAGCAGCUCAAACACCCCAAACGCUCCAUUCGAUUCGCGGAAGGCCUUCACCAGCUGGCGGAAUUGGACUACACUGACGAGGACAUCAAGGAGAUCGACAACAAGCCUAGCGGAAGCCAGCUGUUCCUGAUCCUGUUCAACUCUUUCGCGGGCUUGGACUACGAUGAGAUCAGCUGGGUAUACCAGAACCACGUGGCCUCUGCCCCGGAGGAAAAGAAGGACAACAUCCUCCACGCGUUUUUGGAUCUCCUCGCUGCCGCCGGCAUGAACCCUCACAUCGCCUUCGGCUUGAACCUGAUCAAGAGCAACCAGAUCAGCAAACUGGACGCCCACCGCUUCUACGGAAGGCUCCACCUGAACCUGAAGGAAGUCAGCCCUGCCUUGAUCCUCGAAAUUGCCGACUCGUGCAAAUCGGAGGCCGUCAAGAGCCACCCGGGAACUUGGAGCGCCUGCAAGUUCGCCGCCAGCACGAUAGCGAGCGGCAAGGGAUGCAAGCACGCGCACGAUGACCACGAGGAGGACCACGGCACCUGCAGACCCGAUAUCGUCUCGCACAUCUUUAACUACUCCGUGACCCCGGCCGACACACACCACGAGCCCCAGUUCGAGAGCACCGUCUACCUGCGCAUGGCGGGCAACCUGGGCACUCGUAAAGCCAUGCACUACCUGGAGCGAUUCAUCUGCAAUUGUCAGGAGGAGCCCAAAAGGAUGGCCGCCCUGUGGGCGCUGAAGCAGGCAUCCAAGAACCAUCCUGAACUGGCUCGCGCUAUCGCCUUGCCCGUGUUCUACAACACGAGUGAACCCAGCGAGAUCCGUAUCGCCUCCUUCCUCAUCAUCUUGUUCAGCCACCCAGAGAUGUACUUGCUGCGUCACAUCGCUCUGGAAAUGCUCACGGAGCCCAGCGACCAGGUGGUGUCGUUCGUGUCGAGCGCGUUCCGCACCUUGGCCAAGUCAAAGUACCCCUGCCACCGUGACCUUGCCCAACACAUGCGCUACGUGUUGCCAGAAUGGGACCACGACACAAGAUUCCGGAGGCCCAUAGACAGGGCUUCAUCUCACCUAAUAAUCUCCUCCACAUACAGCCCCAAAUACGACUACGGUGGCAUGACGUCUAUGGAGAUGAUCCGCUCACACGACAGCUACCUCCCUCGCAACUGUUACGUCAUGCUGAAGGACUACAGGGCCGGCCACUCGUACGACACACUCACCCUCGAGUUCGAGAGCUGGGGAAUGGACAAGCUGAUAAGCAGCAUGCUGGGCCCACGACCCGGAUCCUCGAAGAACCUCUGGAACUUUUUGGGCCGUCGACGAAUUCCGCGUGACGCAUCGGCUAAAGAGCGAAAGGAGAUCGAGGACUCCCUCCACAUCGCCGACCGAGAGUACGACCCGUUCUACGCCCGUCUCAGCCUGUCAAUCUUCGGAAAGACCACCGACACCUUCAGCAUCGAUGAGAGCAUCUUGACCAAAAUACAGGAGAAAGGUUGGGAACUUCGCUCCUUCGAGUUGCAAUCUAAGCCGGAGGAGGCGGUGCAGUCGUUGCUGGGACCCGAUGUCAACAAGAAGUACUUCUACAUGACUAAAGACGUAGAGCUGCAUAUGCCGAGCGAGUUGGGAGUCCCAGUCUUCUUCUACUUCAAGCAGGCAGAGUUUAUCUACGCAAAAAGGGACAAGAUGGUCCUCAACCACGGCGACAACGCAGAGCUCCACUUGGACAUCAAGCGCCACUACCUAUACGACGUGGCGUCGAACCAGAUGGUGGGCUUCGCCCCGCAGUUCAUCAGACAGGCCUUCGGAACGGGCUUUAACGCGAGGACUGUCAUCUCCUGGCCGCUCGACCUCAAGGUGACCCUUGCACCACUCGAGGGCAAGCUGAGCCUUCGCCGUCCUCUGCACCUGCCCUGGAACGUGCUCAACCACCAGUUCCUACCCUACACGUUCGGCAUGCCCUACGACAUCGUCGCGGACCCCUCGCAAGCAAUCACUGAAAUGCCCAAGCUGAUGAAGCCUCUCUACCGACCUGAAGAACUAACCGAGUUUGACCGCCACUACUUCGACGACACCUUCGGUGUCGGUCUCAAGGUCAAGGGCCACCUGAUCAAGAGGGGCCUGCACCAGGCAGUGCGCGAAGUGUACCACGACAUGUCGUGCCGGGAGCGCUUCUACUACAUGGCCGUCAACCCGCACUGGCACCCACGUGACAUCAGGAUCUACGCCAUCCCUGCUGCUCAAGAUCCCACCACCGAGCUGGACAUCGACAUUUCGUACAAGUUCUUGGAGCCCGACGACGAACGGCACAGUCACUUCAACGUCCACGACCAAAUCGGCGACGACCCCGAGGUGCCGUCCACGCACGUGCUGCGACUCGACGUAGACUUCAAGGGCGCCGCCAAGGAGCGCAAGGCCGUAGCCGAGUUGCGGUACUCCUUCAACCAUGACCUCUUCAACCACAAGCUGCAGUUCUUCUACGAGAAGACACCAUUCGGCCACCACGACACGGAAAUGAAGAUAUGCCUGGACGCAUCGGCGAAGUUCCCACAUCCUGACUGGUCCAUAACUAACAUGGCUACCUUCUACGCGGGAAAAGAAAUCGACGCUCACCUUAACGUCCACUACGGAGCCAGCUGCGAAGCAGGAACCUCCGUAAGUUUGUUGAUUCAUGCCGACCAGGACAAAACUUGA